AAGUGAACGAAUGACACGUGUGCAUUAAACUCAUUCACUUGGCAUUUUGACAUAAACGGCAUAAACGUCAUUAAACUUGGUAUUCCAUAUAUUUUCAAGUUGGCACAUCCGGCAUCUCAAAACAUUCUUUCUCGUCGUGAAUGGUGACAGGUUAAGACAACAUUGAAUAAUCCACCAAACCAGCGAUGCAAAUCUUCGUCAAAACCCUAACCGGUAAGACCAUCACCCUUGAGGUCGAGCCGAGCGAUACAAUCGAAAAUGUCAAGGCCAAAAUCCAAGACAAAGAGGGCAUUCCACCAGAUCAACAACGUCUGAUCUUUGCCGGCAAACAGUUGGAAGAUGGACGCACAUUGUCCGACUACAACAUCCAGAAAGAGUCAACAUUGCAUUUGGUGCUGCGUCUACGUGGUGGAGCCAAGAAACGCAAGAAGAAGAAUUACUCGACACCAAAAAAGAUCAAGCAUAAGCGCAAGAAGGUCAAGUUGGCUGUGUUGAAGUAUUACAAGGUCGACGAAAAUGGAAAAAUUCACAGACUCCGCCGUGAAUGCCCUGGUGAAAACUGUGGUGCCGGUGUCUUCAUGGCUGCACAUGAAGAUCGUCAUUACUGCGGAAAGUGCGCCUUGACUUUCGUCUUCUCGAAGGCCGAUGAAAAGUAGAUGAUCCAACAGAUUUUCUGGCAAUGUUGACCAUUCGUCAUUCAAUAAAGAAAUUUCAUUUCAUUUAAUGAA